CAUAUUAGUUAAUACAUUUUGAUUCUGUAUGGCAAAGUCAUUUAUCUGUUCUCUUAAGUCUUAAAGUUUUAGGACUCAUUGAUGAAGUCCAGUGUAUGGUCCAUUGAACUGGCUUAGUUUCACUCUCAACUGGCACUCAACAUUCCUUUCUGAGUCUUGCACUAUAGUGUGACUUGUAUCUCAACAGGACAUUGGAUUAGUUUAACAAGCAGACCUGCCUUAAAUCGAGAGAUUGUCAUUCAACUUUCAAUUAGUGGCCUCGAGUCCGGCAAAGGUCAUGGGACAGAGGAAAUUACUGGGAGAAAGCUUAUCAGUUCUCUGGACAGGGCGGGUUUAUGACUUAGAGGCCAGCUUUCAGAAUGUCUAAUUCUUUUCAUUAAUAAAGAUCCAAAAUGUUCAUCAGAAUUGGGGUUGAUCAUGCUUCAGAUAAAUAGAAAAUAAUUAGCUUAAUUUUUGAGACCCCUCAAAAAUUGAUUUUGAUUGAGAAAAAUAAAGCCUGGAGGAAUCUUUUCCUCUGCAUAUGGCCAAAGCGCACCUUUAUUACCUGUGGUGCACACAAAAGCCAAUGUUUUUGAUUUAACAUUUUCAUUUUUAAAAAUAAAUCUCACAAGAGAAGAAUUAAAUAAAAUAUAAACGCGGGAUGAGAAAAGGUUAAGACUGUUACCCUUCAGCAGAAAGAAAAAUCACAUAACCCACCCUUUUUCCUGAGCCCCCCCUCCCCACCUAAUAAUAUUUGUACAGUCCCUGACAAUAAAACAACACUUCCCAAGGCAGAUGGAGUAUCUAAUCAGCCUUCACCAUAACAACUAUUGCUACUGUUUGCCUAUUGUGUUUCUAAUUCAACACCAUCAGUGUUACAUUGAAGUUAACUGUGAGACUGUCAGUUCUCAAAAGAUCAUCUUGUCUUUCAAUUCUUCCUUCAGCCAACAGUGCUAUGUCUCCCCAAAGUGAAUUAUCCUCAUGCAUGCCACAAUUCCACAGAUGUCUACCCAGGCACCUAGUGUAUGCCCAAGCCUGGGUGCAGUGGAGGGGUGCCACCUGGCAGUCGAGACAGCAGCGGGAUAUGUCGAAGCAGUAGCAUCAGCAGCGGAAGUGGCGGGUCUGGAGGCAAGAUACUGUCCCUGUCAUCCAUGAGUGAGAGUGUGCACAGUGGCCUGAGCUGUUUCUUGUCAGAGCAAGCACUGGAGCAGGAAGAAAGGCAGCAGCGCACUCGCCAGUUAGCAGAGUUUCAGCGCCUGAGAGAGGUUCGUGCAGCUGCUCAGCACAAAAACCUGGAGGAUUUCCUUAGGAUGAACCAUGUUUCACUCAAGGACAGCAUGUCUUAUGCCACUGGCAUGAUUUACAGAAAUCUGGGCAAAUCGGGGCUGAGGGUGUCCUGUCUUGGAUUAGGCACGUGGGUUACCUUUGGAGGCCAGAUAACGGAUGAGGUUGCAGAGGAGCUGAUGACUUUGGCAUAUGAGAAUGGAAUCAAUCUGUUUGACACAGCUGAAGUGUAUACUGCUGGAAAGGCUGAAGUUGUCUUGGGAAGUAUCAUAAAGAAGAAAGGAUGGAGGCGUUCCAGUUUAGUCAUCACCACCAAAAUCUUCUGGGGCGGAAACAUCAGCACACUGCAGUGCACAGAACUGUUUACCGGAAUGAGCCUUUUGGACUUUGAUAUUUACCUGCUAACGAGUUGUGCUUCUGGGUUUUUGGCUGUUCUAGCAGAAACAGAAAGAGGACUGUCUAGAAAACAUAUAAUCGAAGGUCUAAGAGCAUCACUAGACAGACUUCAGUUGGAGUACAUAGACGUGGUUUUUGCAAAUCGACCAGAUCCUAACACACCUAUAGAAGAGACGGUGAGGGCAAUGACCCAUGUGAUCAACCAGGGGAUGGCCAUGUAUUGGGGGACAUCACGAUGGACCUCCAUGGAGAUCAUGGAGGCAUACUCAGUGGCACGACAGUUCAACCAGAUCCCACCCAUCUGCGAACAGGCAGAGUACCACAUGUUCCAGAGGGAGAAAGUUGAAGUGCAACUCCCUGAACUUUUCCACAAGAUAGGCAUUGGAGCUAUGACAUGGUCCCCAUUGGCCUGUGGAAUCAUCUCAGGGAAGUAUAACAGUGGGAUCCCCCCUCAUUCACGUGCCUCACUUAAGGGCUAUCAGUGGAUGAAGGACAAGAUCCUGAGUGAGGAGGGGCACCGUCAGCAGGUGAAGCUAAAAGAGUUGCAGGCAGUUGCUGAGCGACUAGGCUGCACUCUGCCCCAACUGGCUAUUGCCUGGUGCCUGAGGAACGAAGGCGUGAACUCUGUCCUGCUGGGAGCUUCGAGAACUGACCAGCUGAUGGAGAAUAUCAGAGCAAUACAGGUUCUUCCGAAGUUAUCACUGUCCAUUGCAUCUGAGGUGGAUAACAUCUUGGGAAAUAAGCCCUAUAGUAAAAAGGACUUCAGAUUGUAGAAGCACCAUUGAUGAACUGUCAUGCUAUCCUCUGUUUUUGAAAAAGCUGCCUAUGAAUGAGAGAUGGCGACACACAUGGGCAAUAUGUAGCCAUAAUCUGGAAUCUGUUUCCAAAAGACAUAAACAAAGAAAUGUGCCAUUACUCAUUUCACCAAGUCAAUGCAUUGUCAGUCUACUUUUUUGAUCACAUUUGCACUUAUCACUUAAUAAUAUUAAGUUCUACAAUAUGCAAUUUGUAUUCUAGUAGUUGGAACUACUACUAGUUCCUACUACUGUUCUAAUCAGCUAAGCCACUGAAGCACUAAAGAAACUAGCUAGUCACUGAGUAAGGUGCAGCUUGGUGUAGCUUCACUGUCUUUGUAAGUGUGUAACGUUUUAAUUAAUUUGUUGCAUUUGUGUGCAAUUAAACAUAUAUUGCACAAGACCUGUAAACCUACUGAGCACAAAAUAUUAUGGUGUGAUGCAUUAGCCUUUUCAGUGUAAUAACAACAGGCAUGCUUAAACACUGUUAAUACUGGCAUUUGAAUUUAGUUUUAAUGAUUAUUUCUUAAGCCUUGUUUUAGUUUUAGUCAUAGUUUAGGCAUUUGAUUAAUGUUACAUUAAUGCAGUCCUGUUUUAGUCAAGUUAUAUUUAGUCUAACUUUAGUAAUGUAUGUUUAAUUUUUUGUUAAGUUGUAUGUUUUAAUAAAAUCUUUACUGUGACCUUUUGACAAACACCCAGA